GGUGUAACCAAGCAAGUAUAAAGAACUAUGUUCCUCUUCGUGACCAGACCAGCUUCCAUCAUGAAGACUCUAGUGUGUGCUCUUAUUGUUGCGCUCCUCUGCAGUGCCUCAGUGCACUCGCUGACAUGCUAUACAUGUGUGGACGGGGACUGCAAGACCCCCACUGAAUGCCCAGCCUCAAGCAAUUUCUGCAAGACUGUUUCAACGGCCUCUGUGUUCACCCGCACUUGUGAGGAGUUCUGUGUACCUGGAGUGAACACCUACUGCUGCACUUCUGAUCUGUGUGACUGACCUCUCAACGCCACCAGUCCUGUCCUGCCACUAAUGUUCAUUAUAAUAGCAUUGGAGAGGGGGAAAAGUCACACAUUGGCAUUUUUUUCUAAUGACCUGUCUCCAUCUGACUCAACAUGAUUAGCUUAACACUUCUUAAAAGGAAUGUCUAAAAAUUCUGGUUUCGGUUUCAUUUCUGUAUGAUGAUUUGGUUUAUGAAUUGAAUAAAAUCUGCUUAAUAAAA